AUGCAUUAUUUAAAUUGCUUUAGAUUCCCCAUUUGCCAGAAUUUCAAAACUGUGAUAAUUAAUAACCACGUUUUCAAAAGAAAAAUUAGCGAUAUAUGUGAAAGUAAAAUAAUUGCACUUAAUAAAAGUAAAGAAUAUGACAGUUUAAAAAUCUACAAAGGAAACAUUUAUAAUAACCUAUACGAGAAUCAAAUUCUCCAAGGGGUUAAAGUACAUAAGGUGGACGCAGAGGGAUAUGGAGAAAUAGCUCUAUAUUCCGCUAGACAGAAUUUAUUGUUCUUUUUGAAAUUCUAUUUAUUAAUUCCGGAUGAACAAGUAAAUAUAAAAGUUUUGGAUAUAAAUAAAAAGAAAAAAAAAACAACUUUUCAACUCCUGUGCAAAACUAAAAAGAGUAAGUAUGAAAUAGUGCCCGAAUGUGAAUAUUUUUCCAAAUGUGGGGGAUGCAUUUUUCAACACAUUAACUACAAUUUUGAAAGACAAUUAAAAAAAAAUUUAUUAAUAAGUUUGUGUGAAAAAUAUAAUAUACGUGUGUUAACUAGUGGAAAAGAUUAUUUACAAAAUGUUCACGACUUGAGCAAAACGAUCGAACCACCUGAGGAAGAUUUACUGGAAAUUGCUCAAGUAAAGAGAGAAUAUAUGUAUAAUGAUGUGGAAGACGUAGAGGGGAAAGAACAUCUCGAUAGGAAGGAGGAUUUCAAGAAAAUGAAUAUAAGUCGUAGCAGUUGUACCAAUUUCGAUUGUACUCCUAUUCAAUCUAACCGAACCAAUCCUGAAAAACCUAUAGAAUAUGAAGAAAACGGUAAUGUGAACGAUAUGGGCUUUGCAAGACUCUAUGAUUUUUUAUUUUCAAAAGACUACCAUUACAGAAACAAAUCGUCUAUUAACUUUUCAGUUACGGAUAAUUUAUUCAUAGGAUACUACAAAAAACAUAGUUACGAAAUUUGUGAUAUAAAGAAAUGCUAUAUUCAUGAUGAGCAUAUACAAAAUGUUUUUACAGAAAUUAAAAAAGAAAUAAUUGAUAAUUUUAAAAAAAAUAAUAUAUACAUUUUUAACAAAAUAAAUAACAAUGGAUACCUAAAAAGUGUAGACAUCAAAAUGAGCAAAAAUAAUUCGGAGGAGCAAAUUUUAGUAAACUUUAUUGGAUUUUCGCUAAAUGACAAGGCAAAAAAACAUCUCAAAAAAAUUGCAACCAAUUUAUCCUUAAAAGAUAAAUCAAUUAAAGGUAUUUUAUACAAUGUUGAAACGAACAAAUUAAAACAAAUGAAAAAUGAAACCAUUUUAUAUGGUCAAAAUUGUAUUUAUCACACUUAUAAUGGUUAUACUUAUAAAAUAGGAGCUAAUACCUUUUUUCAACCAAACCAAUAUUUAAAUGAAUGUAUUAUUCAAAUAAUUUUUAAAUUAAUAGAGGAUUAUAAAAUAAAUGCAAAAAAUUCAUAUCUCUAUGAUCUUUUUUGUGGAAUCGGUUUUUAUUCCUUGCCUCUUGCAGAAUUGUUCAAGCAAGUUAUUUGUGUCGAUUAUUCCAUAGAUAAUAUAAAAAAUUUAGAAGAAAACAUAAAAAUAAAUAAAAUAAAAAAUAUUAAAUGCUUUAAUUUGAAUUUGUUUAACCUCAAUAAUCUGAAGCAAAUCAAUAUACAUAUCAGAAGAUACAUUGUCAAUUCUAUAAAAAGUAAUAAUUAUUCUGUAUACCCCCUCUUGAAGGAAAAGAUCAAUUCCUCAUACAUAUUAUCAGACAGUGAGGCAGGAGUAAUAGAAAAUUUGCAGGUUCAUUCCCCUUAUAUGAGUUUACCGAAUUUCAUCUAUGAAUGUUUAAACGAUUGGAAUUGCAAAGGAACUGAUAACAGUGCUUGCAACAUUGUGAUGGAAAAUGAUCACGCAGAUUUUGAUAAUAACAUUUCGCAAAAUAUACCCGAUGGAAAUCUUUGGACAGUCGAUACAAAUUCAAUGGACAGAAUUUCUAAAAUUUUAGGAGAAUUUGUUAUUCCAAUCCCCGAUUUGAUAAUCAUUAAUCCCCCUCGGAAGGGAUGUGAAAAGAUAUUUAGAAGGUGGCUAAGAGGUAUUUGUUGUCGUUUUAUCAUUUAUAUAUCAUGUAAUGUGCAUAGUCAGUUUAGGGAUAUGAGCCAUUUAAUUAAUUUGGGUUAUAUGGUAAAAGAAAUUAUUCCAUUGGAUACAUUCCCACGCACUCAGCACUUCGAGUCGGUUGUUCUUUUAGAGUUCGAUUUUAAUAGAAAAGUAGAUCUUGAAAAAAGGCAGAUAAUGGAAUAUGAACUGAACGAAAUGAAAACCAAUAAAAAAAAAAGAAAUAAAAAGGUUUAA